AUGGGUCAUAUUAUUUUUGACCAUCAGAAGUUUCAGGUAACAGAUACCCCAGGUCUGCUGAAGAGACAUGAAGAUGACAGAAAUAAUUUGGAAAAGUUGACCCUUGCUGUCCUUCAGCAUCUACCAACAGCAGUUUUGUAUGUUCACGACCUUUCAGGGGAGUGUGGGACCUCACCGUCAGAUCAGUUUUCAAUAUACAAAGAAAUCAAAGAAAGGUUUCCUGGACAUUUAUGGCUCGAUGUUGUCUCCAAAGCAGAUUUAUUGAAGACCUCUCCUGUGAUAUAUGCAACAGAAGACCGUGAUCUCACACAACAUGAGCUGGAGAAGUACCGUAAAGCAGGUCCUGAUGGAGCUAUUAAUGUGUCUACGACCACACAGGAAGGAAUACACGAGCUGAAGCACAGAGUGAAUGAGCUUCUGAAUAUGCAGAUGGCCAAGAUCAGAGAUGUAAGCAACAACCAAAAGAAGUGA